AUGUUAGCGUUUACUAGAAUUGCUCCCAAGGUGAGAACCCUUGCGUCGGUCGCGCGGAUGCAGUUGCGCACUUAUGCGUCGUAUCCACCACACACUAUCAUCGGCAUGCCAGCCCUUUCGCCCACCAUGACGCAGGGCAACCUAGCGGUAUGGACAAAGAAGGAGGGUGACAAGUUGAGCCCAGGUGAAGUGCUCGCCGAGGUGGAGACGGACAAGGCGCAGAUGGACUUCGAGUUCCAAGAGGAGGGCUUCUUGGCGAAGAUCUUGGUGCCAGAGGGGGCCAAGGAUGUGCCAGUGAACAAGCCGAUUGCGGUGUACGUCGAGGAGGAGGGCGACGUGGCCGCGUUCAAGGACUUCAAGGUGGAGGAGUCUGCAGCUGAGUCGAAGGACGCUCCAGCGAAGGAGGAGGCUGCGCCUGCCAAGGCUGCGCCUGCUGCUGCUGCGCCUGCAAAGGCGGCAAAGAAGAGCACCGGUAGCGCUGCUUCCGGCGGCCGCAUCAUGGCCUCUCCACUAGCCAAGACCAUUGCGUUGGAGAAGGGUAUUUCUCUGAAGGAGGUGACCGGCACCGGUCCUAACGGCCGCAUCACCAAGGAGGACGUCGAGAAGUACUUGGCCAAGGCGCCAAAGAAGACCGAAAGCGCUGCUGCGCCAGCUGCUGCAACGUACGAAGACGUUCCUAUCAGCAACAUGAGACGUGUCAUCGGUUCGCGUUUGCUGCAGUCCUGCCAGAGCAUUCCUUCGUAUCCUAUCUCGUCCGACAUAUCAGUGGCCAAGCUGCUAAAGUUGAGGCAGUCUUUGAAUGCUGCUGGGAAGGACCAGUACAAGCUCUCCAUCAAUGAUAUCCUCAUCAAGGCGAUUGCCGGCGCUGCCAAGCGUGUGCCAGAGGCCAACGCCUACUGGUUGGAGGACCAAGGUGUGAUCCGCCUGUUCAAGAACGUCGACGUCUCUGUGGCCGUCGCCACCCCUACCGGUCUAAUCACCCCAAUCGUGAAGAAUGCCGAGUCCAAGGGCCUACGCUCUAUCUCUGCGGAGAUCAAGGAGUUGGGUAAGCGUGCGAAGGAGAACAAGCUUGCGCCACAUGAGUUCCAGGGUGGUACCAUUUGUAUCUCGAACUUGGGCAUGAACAACGCCGUCUCCUCCUUCGGCUCUAUCAUUAACCCUCCUCAGUCCACCAUUCUAUCCAUUGGUACCUUGCGCAGAGUCCCUGUUGAGGACGCCGGUGCAGAGUACGGUUUUACCUUUGAGGACAGAAUGAACAUCACCGGUGUGUUCGACCACAGAACCAUCGACGGUGCCAGAGCUGCGGACUUCAUGCGUGAGUUGAAGAACAUCAUCGAGAACCCAUUGGAAUUGAUGUUGUAA